AUGUCUGGUUUUGCGGUUCACGGAAGCUUCUCAAGAGCGUCUACUAUCUCGUCCAAUGACUUCAGGCCUGGCGUUGCCCUGGAACUUGAUAACGCACCCUGGAGGGUACAAGAGUUUCUGCACGUGAAGCCAGGCAAGGGAGCUGCGUUCGUGCGAACAAAGCUCAAGAACUACAUCACAGGAAACGUCGUGGAUAGGACCUUCCGAGGGGGCGAGACAGUCCAGCAGGCCGAGCUGGAGAAGAAGGAGACCCAGUUCACAUAUGUGGAUGGCGAUGAUUAUGUGUUCAUGGACAAUACAACGUAUGAGGAGACGCGGCUAAAGAAGGACGAGAGCUGGUCUAAAUACCUGAAGGAGGGCGCUGAGGUGGCCCUGCUGGUGUGGAACGGAAGAGUCAUCAGCGUUGACUCACCAUCCACUGUGGAGCUGGAGGUAGCUGACACAGACCCUGGCCUCAAGGGGAACACUGCAGCAGGUGGGAGCAAGCCCGCCACUUUGGAGACUGGAGCAGUCAUUCAGGUGCCUCUGUUCAUCAUCCAAGGGGAGAAGAUUUUGGUGGACACACGGACAGACACAUACUUGGGGCGUGGCUCAAAAUCGUGA